UCCUCUUCUGAAUUUUUUUUUUUUUAAAGUACUUUUAUACACCCUGUCAUCUUUUGUAUCACCAAGGGUGUGAGCAAUGCAGCAUUCCUUGGAAGAGUCCGUAAAAGAAGUAAAAGCCAUCGGCGCUGGGCUCAUACGCUGGCUUUUGACUCCCACUUUGGCAAUGAUGCUCCGCGUGCCUGACACGCUUUCCGCGAGGUUUGACUUUGGCACAUUGUCACGCGGUAACUUCUCCCUGGUCUGGCCGACAGCAUUGGUCACUCUGCUGAUCGCCUUCAUCUGCGUGAGGAGUUCUGUGUGGACCAGGUACAGUGCCUACAGCUACUUUGAAGUGGUCACCAUCUGCAACUUGAUAAUGAUCCUCGUCUUUUACCUGGUGCAUCUCUUCCGUCUCUACCGCGUGCUCACCUGCAUCAGCUGGCCCCUGUCGGAACUUCUGCACUAUUUAAUCGGUACCCUGCUCCUCCUAAUCGCCUCCAUUGUGGCAGCCUCCAAGAGUUACAGCCAGAGCGGACUGGUAGCUGGAGCGAUCUUCGGUUUUGUGGCCACCUUCCUCUGCCUGGCGAGCAUAUGGCUGUCCUACAAGAUCUCGUGUGUGACCCAGUCAACAGCACCUGCUUCCUCCCGAAACCCCAAGCUAGUGCGCGGGGCGGGGGCCCUCCCCGGGGUCCCCUGCCGGCAGAGUCGCCUGCUGGCGCGCUGCCACCGGUCGCAGCUGGCCUCAACUUUUCUUCUGCGAAAACAAAACCCUGAUGAGCAGGUGGCCGCCCUGCGCGCCCUCGCCUAG